CUACAAUCAUUGAUUUGGACAUUUGGAAUUUUGAUCAGGUGUCGUUUACAUUGUUCAAUAAAAAUUCAUUUCACCGAUCGACAACAACUACUAAAUUAAUAGAAUCGCAACAUCGAAAUACUUUGGAUACUGUUGUUGUUUUUCCAUCCAUCACACGACGACGACAACGACGAAAAGAUUUUCCGAGUUAUAGUAGUAAAAAUUUACCUACAAAAAUUAUCAAAAUUACAAUAAUGGCAAUGUUUUUAAUGAUAAUCAUUAUAAUUAGUAGUACAUUGUUAAUGGCAAUGGCUAAAAUUGAUGAUGUUAGAAAUUUAAAAGAUGAUGAUUGUAUGGAUAUUGCAAUGCGUCCAUUACCACGUUUUGGUAAACGUAGUUCGGAUUUAAAUCGUGAAAUUAUAAAUCGUGUCCGACGUUCUUGUAUAAUUGAUCGACGACAAAGUAAAUCAUUAUCACCUGGAUGGAGUACUUUGGAGAAUGAUGAAAAUCCUAUGGAAACAUCGAUACCAGUAUCGAUACCAAUAUCGAUACCUGAAUCGAAUCUUUUACAACCGCAACAGCAGCAGCAGCAGCAGCCGCAACCGCAACAAUCAUUAUCAUCAUCAACAUUAUUUAAACGUUUUCCAUCAUUUAAAAAUCUAUUAGAACAAUGGGCAUUACAAAGAGAAAAAGAAAUUAUUUAUCAAUUGAUAAAUGAACGAAUACAAAAUUCAAGAUUAGCCAAACAACAACAACAACAACAACAAAAUAAUGAACAACAAGAAUUUGAAUGGCCAAAAUUUCCAUUCGAGAUAAAUAAUUCAAAAAAUUUUCAAUUAAAUAGAAAACUUUUGUUGACAAAAUAGAACCAAAAAAAAUGCCAAACAAACGAGUCAAACUUUG